AUGGCCGCAUCCGUGGACGGUCGAACCUUUCCUUCGGGUGCCGGAACGGACUCCCUUGUGCUUCUCCACGCUGCCGUAGAACCCGCGGAUGCCCCCAUUAGCUUCCAUCCCCCUGACAGGUAUACCUAUCUCGUCCUUCGGUCACGCAGUCGGACGCCGUGCAACUGUCGAGACGCGGUUGUGGAAAAAGCACCGCUAAUCCUCAUAGGCGCAAUGGUCAUCAAGGCUAUUCCAAAGUACCGCCGAAGUGCAUCGCUCGUGGGGGCUUUAGCAACCAUCUGGACUCAAGAGAAGUCGCACGAACUGCUUGAAGUCCGAGGGCAGCAAGACUGGCCGGCAAUGGCGGCACAAAUCCUCAUCCGAGCCAACUCCAAGAAAGCCAACAGCAAGGUGAGGACCAUAAACUCGCUAAUCUUUCCUGCCGCCUCUCGCGGUCCAUCUCGAUACACACCACACCCCGGUUUCCAUACGACAUACCAUUCUCUAUAUACCAGCGCAACCAAAAGACAUCAGACUGGACCCGAUGAUGUCGAUUUAGGGUUCGUAUUCAAACCCUAUGACUUACUAGCUUUACCCGCUGGUACACGAGAUGUCUUGUAUCGCGAAAAUCCCGCGUGUGAGGGAAGAUAUGUGCAAACCCAUGACAAGCUGCACCUUUCCGCCAGCAAGCACUCCUUGAUAACGAAUUAUCAAGCCAGGGCGCUUGUGAUAUUCUUGCCGUCGCGGAUACGAAUUCCGGCUUACAGUCACGGAUGGGCUGGAUAA